AUGACUAAAAAGGCCGAGCGGCUGGUCGGCCGCCCCCUGGCCAAGCUGAGCACACCCGUGGCGCCGUCGAGCCGCGCCACCACCGAGGCCGCAGCCUCCGUCUUCCCUCAUCCAGCACAGGAUACUUCUGCAGCUGAGGACAAAGAAGGAAGUCUGGCGCUGUCGACGGGUCUGGAGCCGCCGCUGGAAAGUGACCCGAGCCUCCAGAAGCUGGAUGCGCCGCCUCCGGCGAUCAAGCUGAAGGCCUUCUCCAGUAGCUUCAGCCACGCUGACGGAUAUUUGCCUCCAGGUGUGGCUCGUGGCGCCGAAGUGAUCAUCCCGACACCCGGAAGCAGUGGGGGCAGUACUGUGAGACUGAGCCCAACCGUUCCGCAGAAGGUUGGCGCCCCUGCCCUUUCGUUUGGACCUUUAUCGACGUCCACCACGCCGCGCCCUGUGACUCUGACAGAGGGGCCAUCACCGCUGUCGGAAUCAGGCUCUAGUACCGCCUCUCCACAGCCAGACAACUCCGUUUCUUCGACACCGAGCCCGGUUCCGUCAGAAUCACCACGCCCCACGCAGGACUACACUGCUUACCCGCCGUCUACAGCGUUCUCAGUGAGCUCAUCUGGGGACGUGGCACUCGUUUCGUCCACACCAAGCCCACUGCCAGUUACGAACGCCGUCACUGUGGAAACAUUUGUACCAUCAUCCACCCCAGCACCGGGCUUCUACACAGCAACGGUUCCUCCUCUGGCGCUGACCACAGUUUCUGGCGGGGCACCGGGAUUCACACAGACUGUCGUCUCUUCUACACCAUAUCCCUUAUCUAACGAAUCUCCAGAAUUCCCACAAGAAUUACGCAUUUCCUCUCCCGCGCAGAGACUGGGUGAUAUACUGCUGUCUUCAACUCCAGCUCCCCCUGCAGCAAUAUACUACACACAGACUGGAACAGCUGGAGGCCAAACCGUAGACAGUGGACGUGUAGUACUCUCGGCAAAGCCGACGACAGCCAGUGAUAUUAUCUUGGGUGAUUUGCAGCUGUCUUCAACUCCAGCUCCACCUUUAUCACAAUACUUCUCAGGGGCUGGUACAACUGGGACUGGAAUCGUAGACAGCACUCCUACAGUUGGCGAUGCAGUAUUCAAUGUGGAGCCUAUCACACGCGGGGCGCCAUCUACUGUUCUGACUGAUUUACUAGCGAUCAACGGCGCGACACAGUCGACGGCAGCUCCGAAACAAUACUCGAGCCCCUUGCCGCCACCACUCGCUAUACUAGGCCGUGACAAAGUAUCUCCACUAAACCGCUUCGUGUCAUUCCGGCCAUCGCCAUCCGUCAGCGACCUUCUUCUACCUGCUAAUUUCGUAUCCUCAUCGCCGUCUCCAUUUUCGCUAGAGGCGACAUCUGCAGCUUUCUCUGGGAACAACGAGCAACCCGUGACGACCCCCGCUACGUUGAUCUACGCCGAACACUCGGUGCCAAUAUCCUCGCCUAGCUCGUCGCCACAGACGGACCAGCUUCCACCUUUGCCUGUAGCGUCAGAGCUCAAAUUCUCACCCUCGCUGCAGGAUACAUCUGGACCGAAUAGUUUACCCUCAGCACUGUCUAGAUUCAGGUACGGAGAGAAACUUUCUAGCAAGUACUCAUCCUCCAUACAAGGACAAAGUCUCUCUCGUAGCCCUUCCGUGGUCUCUAUAUCUAAACCGCUGACCGAUAGCAGCAGUACCACAAUUUCUCCAUCCUCAUCCCUUUCUGCUUACAACCAACUCUCCAACCAGCAGGGUGACGCGUUACCGGAGCUGUCACUGUCACCAGUACAAUCAACGAGUCUUACAAUUCAGGACGGAAGCCGUACCCAGUCGCCUGCUACAUCUGCAUAUUUUGCCCUCUCAGAGCAGCCGGCGACUUCGAAACAGCAAGGAAAAGUGUCUGUACAAAUACUGUCAUCGCCUGUCAGUGCGCCCCAGUCUCCUGUCGGCGCCUCUUACGCGCCUACUGAAAGCCUGACGAGCGAAUCGUUUGCCGGAGGUGUGGUGUCCGGUGGCUCGCAGCCCGGCGCCUCCGUGCAGCAGGAAAGCUACGGCCUGUCAGGUCCCUCGCAACAGGUGGAUCUGGGGCAGCGAGCACAGGUGUCGGUGGAGGUGGUGCCGUCGUUGUCCACGGACCUGGGGCGACCCGGGGUGGAAGCGGCCAGCAGCGAGGAGCCGCGGCUGUCGGCGCCGUCGCCGUUCCGUCAGGCGGGCGGCCUGCGCGUCAUCGUGCCGGAGCCGGACACGCUGUACAGCGAACCCGUGGCCGGCCGUCCGGCCCAACCGUCGCCCGACGUCGACCAGCCUCCCCUACUGGUGCCGUCCAUCUCCUUCAGCUUCGACACUCCCGAAGGACGCCAGGAGUUCGAGGCUGCCGUCGCCGCUGGCCUGUUGGAUUCGUCGAGGCGAUAA